UUCCUGCAGUGUGUGUUUGUGUGUUGCUGCUUUAUUUUGUCGUGCUUUUACUGUCUUCUCUCUAAAUCACCGUGUUUUUACUCUCUAUCAUGGUUUAUAUUUAUAUUCCCCUCUGCUGUCCAAUCUGACUGCUGUCUGCUCUGGUAUGGAUUCCCCCACUGUGGAUGAUGACAUCUGUAUCCUGAAGCAUGAGACGGCAUACGGCCCGACCGAGAGCCCCGUGUCUGUGUGCGCCGGUGAUGAGUCGGUGGCGUCUCACUUCGCCCUGGUCACAGCAUACGAGGACAUCAAGAAGAGAUUACGAGACACGGAGAAAGAGAACGCUCUGCUCAAAAGAAGAGUUAAACAGCUCGAGGACAAGCAUUUCCGACCUGAAGCCCCUCCCUCAGAAGGACCGCAUUAUAUGAACAAAGCUUUCAGUGCUUACCGCGGCAUCUAUAUAGAGAAGGAAGAUUUACAGAUGGAGCUGAAUAAAGUGAAAAAAGAGAAAGUUGAGUUGGAGCGAAUUCUGACAGAGCAGCUACAAGCCAAAGAGCUCGAACUGUUGCAGCUGAAAUCAGAAAUGGAGACGAGUCAAGUGAUGAGAAGUCUGAACAUCACUGCAGAUAACUGGCAUGUGGACAGAAGCAACAGUGAAACGAAGAUCGUGUCAUUGGAGGAGCAGAUCGAGAGAUUACAGUUAGAAAACGACACGCUGCACAAACUCUGCAGGACCGCUGGACACGACGUCUCUGAAAACUGUGAACUUCAUGAUGAGCAAACGCACGAUCUGUUGACAGACUCCAGGAUGCUGGCCAUUGUACAGUCGUGUCAGGACGUGCUCGGUGAAGCGGCACGUUUGCGUUCAGCCGUUCGAUCGCAGUCUGACCUGGUGAGGAAGUUACGAGAGAGACCUCUGCCUGCUCUCAGACGAGCUGCUUCAACUGUUCCAGUUCAGUGUCUGGAUGACGUGGAGCGGAACACAGAGCCGACGAGAGUAAUGAUGAUGAUGCCGCGGCCACCCAGCGCACCUCCACUGCCCUCCAGUUCGGGGUCUCAUGCUCCGGACGGCCUACAGGAGAACUGUUCGAAUGACCCUUGGUCCCUGCCUCGUCCAGUGCCAUUGGGCAGCUCAGGCAGCCCGCUGCUUCCCCCUCAGCGAAUGGGAUCACUAGAUGAUAGCUCGUGGUCGUUCCCCGGCAACCCGAGACCGAGUGACGCACAGUUCUGGGACACCUCAAAGUCGAAGAGCUCCACCGCUGAUUGGGCCCCUCCAAAUUGAUCCACAGUCCCUGCUCCACCACACGACACCUAACCUGCCUUAAACAGCGUCCCCUCUUUGGACCCCAGGUCACGGAUGAUGAUAUACCUCGAGCGUACUGACCUCUGACCCCCGGUCACGGUAAACAGAUGUCUCUCUCCGGGCCGAUGUAGAUAACUUGAGUGGGAAAGACCUGAGAGGUGGAUGUUUGUGUGUAUUUAUGAAUGGAUGAAUGUGUGUUUUCCUGCAUCAAUUCCACUCCGAGAGCUUUGUCCAACAUAUAUGUGUGAUUUCACUAUAGCCACUCCUUGUGAUCGCCUUUGGUAACUCCUAUAAGCUUCUGUUCAUCUCUUCGGUCGAGUGUUUCUGUGACAGAUGGUUGUAGGUCAGGUAGGUUAUCUCGUCAGCGUCUCAGUCAAUUAUAUAAGUAACUUAAAUGGAUUAUGUCUUGUAUUCUGAACGUAUAAAGAGGAAUUUCUGAAAUGUUAGUAGUCCAGAGUUUUGUUCAGUUUGAAGAGUCCUCGUACCGAAAGAUGAAAAUGUUCAAAUGGUGGUUUCAUCACUGCUGGCAUGCGUUUAUGCUUAUAACUACACGGCUGUUUAAGCCCUUGGAUUACAAAUGUUUUCAUUUGAAUCAUUGUUUUAGCAUUUUGAUUUAGUAAAUACAUUAGGUUGUCGUUAUCUGUGGGAGCAGGUGUUUUUUAAUCACUGGUCUUUUUUUCUUCUUCUAAACAGGGUUUCCACAGUCAAGGUAAAUCUUGAAAUAGUUGGACAUAUUUAAAUAAAAAAUUCCAGGGUUGGUAGUCAUGUAAAUCAAUCAAAUCUGAACUAAUGAAAAUGUAUUUUGUGAAUAUCUAUAUGUGUAUAUAUAUAUAUAUAUUAGGGCUGUCGAUUUAACGCGUUAAUUCAGUGCGAUUAAUGUUAUUAAAAAUAAUGCGUUAAAACAAUUUAUGCAAUUAAUCGCUUCCGUAUAAGGAAGAUUCCUGAGAAAUGCUUGUAGUACCACCUGUUUACUCCAGGGGGCAGUAAGUGAAACUUCAGCUGUGUGAGCAACACACAGUUUAUACAGUGAAGAAACACUUCAGCAGAACAACACAAACAUGAGUUACAUUCUUGCGUUCAAACACUUGAUGGAGCACAAAUCUGAACUAAUAGAUCUCAAGAUGUGUUUAAAGAUUGAGUAUUAAACUAUAUUUAACUCGACACAGUGACCUAAAAAUGUAUGUUUAUGACGCGACACACUCGAGACGCUACACUAGCAUGUCUGACGCAGGUGUACAUUGACGGGUCCUUAAACAAGCCCUCAUAAUAAAUCUCUGAUUGAUAAAUUCACUUUGUAAUGGAUUACUGUGAACUGUGUGUCAAUGAUUGACUUAUGAUCAAUAAUAUGGUAGUAAACAAUACAUAGUAUUUUAAAGACGCUUUUUGUCUUAUCAAUGAUGAACUC